CAGACGGGCAAUUUAUUUCAAUAUUUUUCUAUUAACGAUUUAAUAUACAUACCAACACGUUAAAUUUGUGAUGAAAAUGCCACGGAAAAAAUAUAAAAAAAGAAAUCAAAAGCAAAAGCAGCUCAAAAUCAUACAAGCCAGGUUGAUGGCGAUAAGCUUGAAGAUGGAUAAUUACAUCUACAAAAGUAGACCGAUAUCUACGUGUGAUGCUCGAGCAUAUUAUCACGAAGUAACAUCAUACAGAAGUGACAGUGAAGAAAAUGCACGUAUAUUACAGGUUAUAGAUAAGUUGAAAUGCCAACUGAAGGGUAUAAUAGAAGAAGGCCAAGAUUCAACUAGUUAUUACAAUGUUCAAGAAAUAAUUGAGAACAGUAUGGCUACUUGUCCAUUAUCUCCCACUUAUUCUAUGCAGAACGAAGACAGAGACACUCCAUCUAAUAUGCAAGUUGAAAAGGAUAAUGGUAUCGCUGUAGAUGGAGUAGCUAAAAGUAUCGAUACUGUCGAUCUCUGCAGUGACGAAGACAUAGAUGAAACAAUUUUAACACGAACAGAAAAACAAAACGAAGCUUCAAAUUCUAAUAUCAAAGAUAUAGAGAGAUCCCUUUCCAAUCUUACAGUUGAUACCGAUAAUUCAAUACAUACACAAAACGUAGCAGAAAAUGAAAUUACCACGGCAUGCCUCAAUACAACAAGAUGUCCAAGAUCCGACAAUAUAAACAAAACUGUUAUGGAAUUAAAUCCUAAAAAACAAAGAGCCGAUUCUAUUCCUUGUAUCGGAAAAAAAGAUCAAAAUAUAUUAAUAGUUAGUGAUGUCGAUACAACUAACAAUAAUACCAAUUCUAUUUCUACCACUAAUAAAUUAGAAGUAAAAACGUCAGAAAAAAUUGUACCAAAAAAGAAAAAAUGCACGAAUAAAACAAAAAAAAAAGAUUCACACAAUAACACGAAUGUUAAACCUAAAAAAGGCCGCGCGAAGGUAGCUACUAAAAAAGGUACUAUCAAUAAAGGCAAUGUUAGUCACGAUAUUGAAAAUGUUCAUUCUCAAUUUACUGUGAAUAAUAAAUUUAAAAAACCAGCUCAAGUGUUCGUACAAGUCAAAUCCCAUCCCAUGGAUACGGUAUAUAAUAGUAAUGUGGAAAACGACUUAUCCUGGAUGGAAAAUAUAAGGUACAUUAGAGAAGUAGCCCCUGACGAGAUAGACAGAACACUAACGUAUUUAAAUGAUAACUUUUGGCAAACAAACGUAUUAACCUUGAACGACCAGGACUUUUUAUAUUGA